AAAAAUUUAGGAAUUCAAGGAUUUUUAAUUUUCAAUUCGGAAUUGCAAAUUUUAAAAAACUACCAUCUGGUAAUGUGUAGUUCGCUAAUCCUUGGGGUGUGUAAUUUGGUGGUAUUUUGAAAGAGACAAUUUCUCGACAAUGUGUAGACGUGUCGAUGAUAGUAUUAUGUGAUGUACCUGAAUUUAAGAGUAGUAUAUUUUAAUUGAAAGGAGUAUUACAUCUGUGAGAAUUUUUGAUAAUCAGAUGAUUUUAAUUGUAAACUUACAUCGGACAAAGGUUAUCACGAGACAUUUUUAAAACGAUGGACGAAAUAGUAUAAUAGACGCGAAUUAAUCGAGAUAUUUCUUCCUGUCAAAAGACCAAUAUACAUUUGUAAUGUAUUCUACAAGCAUGUUGACAUUAAUGCUUAUAAUAUUACUUAAUGUCCAGGGUGGAUUAAUGGUGUCACAACAUCCAAAAUUAUUAGUGGUAUCGUAUGAUGCAUUUAGAUAUGACUACUUUAAUAGAAAUUUAACGCCUUUUAUGAAUAAACUGAAACAUGAGGGCACAUACGUAGAUUAUAUGAUGAAUGUGUUCGUUACAAAAACAUUUCCUAACCACCAUACAAUGGCCACAGGAUUUUAUGCAGAAACACAUGGAGUUGUAGACAAUGAAUUCUAUGACCCUGCUUCAGGAAACACGACAAAUUAUGAUCUAUAUCAUUAUAAUAAUAACAUACUUCCUAUUUGGACUGUUAAUCAGAAACAUGGUGCUCAAAGAAGAAGUGGUACAAUGAUGUGGCCUGGUAGUAGUUAUGAAUAUCAAGGAAUUACACCAACAUUUUCGCAGAAUUUUAAUAGAACCAUUUCUUGGGAAGAUCGAAUAGAUGCUUUAAUAUCGUGGUUUGUUCACCCUAUACGUCCAAUCAAUUUUGGAAUACUAUAUAUUGAAGAACCAGAUUAUCAUGGUCAUUUUGUUGGAAUAAAUGGACCUGAAUUUGAUAAUAUUCUUAGAAAAUUGGACAAUAUAACAAAGUAUUUGCAUGAUAGAAUAGAAUAUCAUGGUCUACAUGACCUUAAUAUUGUUCAUUUAAGUGAUCAUGGAAUGGCACCUGUCAAAUUAGACAGAAUAAUAGACUUAACAAAAUAUAUUAAUAGUUCGGACUAUAAAUUUGUUGGUACUUCACCAGGUUUACAUAUUUUCCCUAAUCCUGGCAAAGAAGACAUAAUUUAUCAGUCGUUAAAACAAGCUGCAGAGAAAACAAUGACUUUUAAAGUAUAUAAAAGAGAGGAAAUUCCUAAGAAGUAUCAUUAUGGAAAUAAUACACGUGUUGGUCCUAUAUUUGUCAUUGCUGAAGUUGGAUAUGCAUUUCAAAAUCUUCUUGAUGCUAUAGAAUUUUAUAAGAAGAAAUUUAAUAUUACAGUAAAUGGUGAUUCGGAAUUUGGUCUUCAUGGUUAUGAUAAUGGGGCAGUAGAAAUGCAUCCUUUCUUUUUUGCGAAAGGUCCUGCAUUUAUGCCAAAAUGUAAAUUGGAGCCUUUUAACAACUUAGAUUUAUUCCCCUUAUUUUGUAAGAUACUUGAUUUAGAGUGUCCUCCGGUAAAUGGUACUUUAUCACAUCUAACUAAGUGUCUUAAGAAACAUCAACAGGAUGUUACAAUUAUUGCUUAUCGAAUGAUAUUUGUAGCUACUUCUAUUUCUAUGACAAUGGUUGCAAUCAUAGGAGCACUUGAACUGUUCUAUAUUAGAAAAAGACGAUUAGGAAUACAAAAUUACAGAAGAAUACUGGAAGAUUUGGAAGCGCAAUACCAUUUGGACGAAAGUUGCAAUAUUGAAAAUGUUUCUUGCAAAUCAAACCAUUUUCCAGAUUUAUUUAUAAUUCAUGUCAUACGAAGAGUAGACAUUCAAAUGAGCGUAAAGGAAGCAUUAAGUAUAGGAAAUCUUUUUUUCACUAUAGGUGACAUAUACAUCAUAUGUUACACUAUUAAACACAUAUAAAUGAGAAAAUAUUUCUGUGAUAAAACGAACAGUUUGAUAUUUCUUGAUCACUCUUAAAAUAGUGUACAUAAAUUCAAGAAUGAUCAUUAUUAAUUCAUGUAUUAGA